AUGGAUAAAAGUAAAUCUCCCGUCCGUCGCGCAAAACGUCAAUCGAAAGUGGUAGAGGAAAAUUUUUGGGACUGCAGCGUCUGCACCUUUCGCAAUACAGCUGAAGCUUUCAAGUGUUUAAUGUGCGACGUAAGAAAAGGAACUUCAACGCGAAAGCCCCGGCUUAAUUCGGCUCUAGCAGCACAGCAAGCGGCCACGCAGGCCUUUCCUGGGGCGUCAGGUUGUGGACAAGCCGUACCGAAUGUGAAAUCUCCUGGUAACGCAAAAAGUUUACGCAUCAAAAACAAACGAUCAAAGCAUCCAGCUCGGUUAAAAAAUAUUGAUCGCUCAAGCGGCCAGACGCGUGAAGUAACUGUUAAUUCGGUAACCGUAGUUAUCACCGAAUACAAACCAAAGCCAUCUGUUAGUCGGCACGAUUCGAGUGAAAGUUUUAGUGAAAGUAAUGAUUCUAGAAGUUAAGUACUUCCUAUAACUGCCUUGGAAGCUAGCUACAUACCAGCAUCAGUUCUCGAUGUAAACAAAUAAGGCAUAAAGUCGACUUGAUUGAGAAUGAAAAGUAUAACAGUAAAAUUUUCAUUGUUUUACUUAACAUAGUGAAAAACCAUCCUGCUACAAAAAAAUGUCCAAGUAGAAAACAUCGAAUUACUUCCAUUA